UUUGGCAACAAACACGAUUGUUGUACAAAGCCGGCGUCCCCCACUCUGAGAGGUUAUAAAGAGAUCAUAUCCCCAGUAUUUGCCAGUUUACCUAUACUGCUCACCGUGUGCAGAUUUGUGCGAUAAAAGAUGAAGGCAGCCACUUUGAUUGUUUUUGCGGUGGUGUUGGUAUGCGUCACCGGCCGACCUGACAAGCCGGACCUGAAGCAGCUGAAGGCAGAAGCCGCCCGCAAGAAGGCGUGCACGCACGACUGUACCUGCGUCAAGUUCGACCCCGUCUGCGCCGGCAAGCAGGGGGAGAAGCCCAAGUCCUUCGGCAACGAGUGCGUCAUGAACAACUACAACUGCGAGAAUAAAGACACUCUUCAAAAGAUCAGCAAAGGCGAGUGCCCUGGAUCUGAUGGUAUCCGCCUCUCUUAAAUACGACAUAAUGCCACGAGUUUUUUUCCAUUUUAGCAGUUCGUCAGAACUUUUGUUUUUUUACUCAUAUUUUUUAAUUUUCUUUUGGUAAAACUACGUAUAGAUUAUACUUUAAUGUUUAUUUUUUGGGAAGUUAUUAAAAAACUAAAUAACUGUUCCUUUCUGUAUUACUUUUUGAAUGACAUUUUAUAAAUUAAAAUAAUUUCAGAUUAAGUACAACAAUUAAGUAUGAAUUUCUAAAAAGUUUUAUCCAUAGUUUUGUGCUGUUUUAAAAAGCAGUUUUAUGUUAUUUUUAUAAAUGUAAUGAAAAUUAUUUUUUUUAUUUUUGGUUUUGUAUUUAGUGCUUAGUUUGCUUAAUAACAAAGAUAUUUAUACUUCAAAGCAGCUGUGAUGUAUUAAUAAUUAUACGCGACUUGAAACGUGUGUUGUUUGACUGUAAUAAAUGUCAUUAUCUAAUUAAA